CACAUCCCAAUUUUCAACAUAAUCUCUACAGUAUGCUUUUCGCACACUUUUCUCUCGUUAUUAUUGCAAGCAUUUUUGGCUUUGCACUUGCUGGACCUAUCAAUUUGGUAGAACGAUCAAGUGGUCUUUCUUGCAAACCGGUGAAUGAAAAUACGAAUGAAUUAGGCUACGGUAACUUUUUUGAUGGAGCAAACAUCACACUCGGUAAAAAGUACGAUGAACAUGGACAAUGGCAAGUUACACAAUUAGAAGAUGGCGCCGAAUUUUUAAGUGUGAACAUUCGAUACUGCAGUUCUGCCUACCUCAAUAUCAGUGAUGCAGGAUAUAGUCAUAAUUACGGUUAUGUUAAUUUUGGCAAGGUGUUCUUAGCAGAAGAUGACAGGAAGUGUUUACAACGUCACGAAACUUUACCAUCCUCAGAACCAAACAGACAUACACAUAUUACUAUCGAAGAUUGCUCAAACGUAGAUGACUCAAGUCAAUUGAAACAAUUUUGGUACUUUGAUACGAUAAGAAGUGCCUUUAAUCCAUUGAUGAAAACAUCAAACAAAAAUACUCCGUAUCAACCGAUGCCAGUAUUCUUAUCAGAUUCCACCCCGCCAGCAGUUCUUACUUCUAGAACCAGAAGCGGUCAGGAAAAUAGCCUUUUCUUUCCCCAAUGAAUUUUUGUCAAGGCAGGUAUGUCUUCAAUAGGCAAUCUUUAUCUUUCUCAUAAAUUGACCAUUCUUAUGUUUUAAUCUUAAUUUUAUUUUUGGUUGCU